CAGUCUUUUUUUGCCAUUGGCGAGGAGAAGUUGUGUGAGAACUUUGUACAAACGAAUAUUUGAUAUUCGUUUUAUGUUUUCAGUCUGUUAGAAAAUUUGAUGAUAUUAUUUUUUUUGUUGGUAUAUCGUGACAAACAAUAUGAUUUAUAGUAAAUAUAUACCAAACUAGGGUGCUCAACGAAUUAUGUUUUAAAUUACCAAUAAAUACACACAAUAAAUAAUUAAAUAAAUAAAAUAUAUUUGUUGAAAAUUUUAAGCGUUGCUUGAUGAUAAAUAUCCAUAAAUAAAUAAAUGUGCACCUUUAAAUUAGUUGUGAUAAUAAAAAGAGCAUCAGCCAGCACAGAUAUCAGACGGUGCAAGCAGACACUUUUGACAUACAGACACGGCAAAAAACAUAAUAUAUACAUAUAUUCAUAAUACAGACUGCAUAGACACAGCGACCGGAUCCUUUACGGAGAUUCGAUUUGAAGCGAAAAAAAAAAACCAUUCGAUGUAAUGAGGCGGUUUGACAAAAGCUCCUUUUAAAUGGAAUUAAACCCAAAGAAAUUCUCACAUUUAUCAUCUCACAUUAUUGUAGCUUUGAAGCUAAGUGAAUUCGAAAAUUGGAAGAACAACCAAUAAUAAUAUCCAAGGAAAUUUUUCUUUGACGCUAUCGCCGGUAGUCCAAUUUGACAGAGUUACCGAUUCGCACACGUAUUUUGUCACUGAAUUCGUACACAAGUCAAUUGAUCCAAAAUGAGUCCUGAAGAUGAUCAUCUUCAAGGUGAAGUCAAUAGCAACAGCAAUAAUGGACUAAAUACCGACGAGCAUUGGCCAACCGGAAACCAUGUAUCACCAAAAGGUUAUAUCAACAGCAAUGCCAUAUUGAAGCCGAACAGUGGUGAUUCGCACACGUGGCUUCCACUUUUGGGUCAUCAUAAUACCAGCGAUAUUCCAACAACCAACAAUAAUAAAUGGCCUGUAUUAACCUCACCCAGCAAUUUAACCAAUUCAAAAUAUGUCUGGAGAGAACUACCUCAAGACGACGAUUCAUUGGGAUUAUACAAGCCAAACCUAAAUACAGCCAAUGCCCUAUCUAAUGCAAAUGGUUUGAAUGGUAAAAGUGAACAUGAGUCGCUUACAGGUGUUGUACGACAUCCAAAAAACGAUUAUCCAAAUGACGAUUACUAUGAACGAUCUGAUUGUGGUAUUGGAUUCUGCAAACCAAAAUGGGCACGAGUAUUUGCCUCGACUCAUGUAUUUAUGGUGAUAUUUCUGCUUGCAUGGAUUCUACAGGGAAUGUAUUUUACAUAUUUUGUAAGUGUGAUUACAACGAUCGAGAAGCUUUUUCAAAUCAAAUCUAAAACAACUGGUCUACUAAUGAGUGCAACUGAAUUUGGUCAGAUCUGUACAUCAUUAUUUUUGACGUAUUUUGCCGGUCGAGGACAUCGCCCUCGAUGGAUUGCGUGUGGAAUGAUUGUUUUCGCAAUGGCAACAUUUGGUUGCACACUGCCACAUUUUAUUUUUGGAAAUGAUCUAUUACAUUCAACCAAUACAUUUUACGGUGGCAAUAUAAACAACGCAGUAACCAUAUCUACCUCACCAUCACAAAAUUCUUCCGAUAGUGAUGCAUACAUCAGUGAUAUACAUUUACCGUCGCAUGCAAAUCUAUGCCAUCAAAACUCCAACUAUAGCAAUGGUAACGUUUGCGAGGAAAAAACGUUGCUAGAACAGGAGGCACAUUCACAAAUUCGAAAUGUUAUUUUGGGAAUAUUUUUCAUGAGUUUACUUUUCGUUGGUAUCGGACAAACUGCUGUGUCAACACUCGGCAUUCCGUAUAUUGAUGAUAAUGUAGCUAGCAAAGAGUCAGCUGUUUACAUAGCCAUAACGAUUGGUGUACGAAUAUUGGGACCGGCGGCCGGUUUUAUAUUGGGAUCAUUUUGUACAAGAUUGUAUGUCGAUCUCAGUGAUCCUGGUUUUGGACCGUCUGAUCCGAAAUGGGUUGGUGCCUGGUAUCUUGGUUUGGUAAUGAUUUCAUCACUAAUGAUUAUCACAUCACUGGCCAUGCUGGCAUUUCCGAAGCAAUUGAGAGGAAACCGAAUACCCGCACCACAUCAAGUUGAUUCAAUCGACGUGCAUAAAACAAUAAACAAAAUAGAACAACCAGAAGAAGAAUCAAAACCUCAGUUGAAAGACUUUCCAAAGACAAUUAAACGACACUUGAAAAAUGAUAUACUUAUGUUUCGUACCGCUUCGUCGGUGUUGCAUUUGCUUCCGAUAGCCGGUCUAUAUACAUUUUUGCCAAAAUAUUUAGAAUCUCAAUUUCAUUUACCCGCCCAUGAUGCAAAUUUGAUAACUGGGCUGGGCGGAAUUCUGGUCAUGGGAAUCGGUAUUGUUGUUUCUGGAUUUGUUUUGCUGAAGUUUAGUCCAACGGCAAGAUCGGUAGCUGCUUGGAUUGCAUUCACGGCGUUAAUGUAUUCAUUGGGCAUGGCAAUGCUGAUGUUUAUUGGGUGUUCUUUGGACAAUUUUGUUGGAGGGAUUGAUGUGAAAACCGAUCAAUUCAGUCAAAUUGAGUCAAAUUUAACAACUGUUUCGUACGAUUUGACAUGUAACCAAAAUUGUAAAUGUGAUAGCAACAAGUUUUCGCCAAUCUGCGGUAUAGAUGGUAGAACGUAUUAUUCAUCAUGUUAUGCGGGUUGUCGCAGUUCUCUUAUUGAAGGUGGAAAAACACAUUUCUUCGAUUGUGACUGCAUUGAAAAACCUGAAAGUGUUUCGGAUAAAGUGGAAGCCGUUAGUGGUUUUUGUGAUGUGAACUGCCAGAACUUCACCUAUUUUAUAAUAUUAUUCUCGUUCUUGGUGUUUAUACAUUCAACAUCGGAGGUCGGAAGUAUGUUGUUGGUAAUGCGAUGCACCGAUCCGAAAGAUAAAGCAAUGGCAAUGGGCAUCAUUCAGUUUGCAACCAGUUUAUUUGGAAAUGUUCCGUGUCCGAUUAUUUAUGGUGCUGUUAUCGAUUCGACAUGUUUAAUUUGGGAAACCAUUUGUGAUAAGCAGGGUGCAUGCUCGCUGUAUAACCCAGAUUCUUUUCGUCAUUUCUUUUUGGGAACAACUUCUGGCAUUAUGUUUUUGGCUUUUAUUAUGGACGUUGUUGUUUGGCAUAAAGCAAAUCGAAUUGAUAUUGAUCCAGAGUCAAAGGACAAAGAAGAUGAUUAUUCGAAAGAGAAACCAACGAUAACACCUGAGUCAUCAGUGUAAAUUUUAACAUGCGUUUAUCAAAUAAACAUACACAAUUAUUAACCAACUCAAUAAAAAAGGUCCUGGAAUGAUGAUGGCCACACAGAUAAAUGUGAUGGGCGACAUUUUAAACAAACAAAUUAGACGAAUUAUUUUAACUGUGGUAACGUAAUAUUUUUUAACAUAUAAAUGAAUAAUAUUGUUUAGAUCUUAGUUUUGAUAUUGUUAUAUUAUUAUUUUACAUUAUGAGAGAAGAAAAUGAAUAUAUCGAAGUUAUAUCGAUUAAGGUAAAUGAGUAUGUAUUGUAAUGGCAGAAGAACUUGUGAGCGAUGAAACAAUUUCUUUUUUAUUGUAUUAUAUUAUUUCAAUGCUACAUUUUAUUUUGAAAUUUAGAAAAUGUGUAGAUUUGUUGCAAAUGGAUUUCAAGAGAUGGAAAAUUUUACAACAUAUUUUGAUGAUGAAGAAAUGAAUAUUCUAUUUUUAUUUAGUUAAGUACAAUGAAGACAAAAAAAAAUCAAAAUCAAAAUAAAAUAAAAUGAUCAAGUCAAAAUUUUACUGCUUAUAAUGGACAAUUUAUUAAUGUAAAUAUUGAAGAAAGAUAUUGACUGAAUUACAGAAAUUAAAAAAAAUAUAUAUUGAACAGAAAUGAUCGUAUUGAAACCAA